GGGAGGAGUAGACGGUUGCAUGCAGGUUGGCUGGUUCCAUGACAGAAAAAUUUGCUCCUGAUAAUUUAGACGCGCCUUGGUCGCGUUACCUUGGAUUCCCAUCCGGAGAGGUCUGUCUAUGACUAUGGCUUUCGCAGUUCUUUCACUUGUGGCUUCCUCGCCCUCUCCCAUUCUUUUCUCCUGCUCCAUCAAUUUUUCCAACGAAGCUCGACCGCCGAGUUGCAAUGGCAGCCGGCUUGAAUACCGUGGGAGAAAAUCAGGCCAACUUGGAUCUCAACUGAUUGCUCUGGGGAGAAUUCGGACUCCGCAAAAAGGGCAGAGAACCACUUCAAUACACAAUAGCACAACAGGAGGAUAUUACGGAGCAUGCAUCACAUAAGGGAAUAAGAAGCAUUGAAAGUAUGAUAUUGCUUGCUGGGAUAUCAUCCAAUUUAUGUUCAACAGAAGGCGUGGAACUUGACCGUAUUAGUACAGGCGAACAAUGCAAUGAUCAGAAGGAUCCUGACCAACCCAAAUGUGACCCGAUUUCUGAUUGGCAUCACUGCCAUGCAUUCCGUGACCUACUUCUUCUUGAGAACCAACUACCAUUUUCCAUUGUGAAGAGAAUAUAUGGGUUACUUGUGGGAGAAGAUGCUCCAGAUCUGCUUACCGAGAAGAUUGGUGAAUAUUUAGAACUUAAUAUUCAGAAGUACACAACAGUUGCUCGUAAAUUUGAUGGGCAAAAAGACUUCCACCACUUGCUCCAGUUGUAUCAUAUGUACUUCCGACCUCAACAAAGGAUUCAACCAGAGCAACAUUUUCAAAUUAGAAACAGAUGGUUGCAUCCUCUCACUACUUUGUGGCGCACAUAUCUCAACCGGAGUUAUUUCGAAGACUUGUCUACCAAUCAGCAGACAACUCAUGUAAGUUCUUGUCAGACACUGAAUCGGUGGCGACGAGCAGAACAAUAUCAUGAAGCUGGAAUUGAGUUUAAGAGCAAAGAGCACAACAAACACAACCCACCAUCUCUUUUGGACAUAACUUUUGACAAGGGUCAGGUGCAAAUUCCAUGCUUGCUUAUUGAUGAAAAUACCAUUUGCCUCUUCAGGAACUUGGUUGCACUUGAGCAAACAUGCUCGCAGUUUGGAAAUGAUGUCACUGCCUAUAUCGCUUUUAUUUCCCAGCUUGUUAGUACACCAUGUGAUGUUGCACUGCUUGCUCGCAAAGGAAUAAUCGUGCACCACUUGCGCACCGAUGAAGAAGUGUCAACUCUUUUCAGUAGGCUGGGAAAGAAUGUGGACUUUGAUCAGAAUGGUGCACACUAUCUUAAAUCGGUUUGCUGUAUGAUGGAAGAUUAUUAUCAGAAUCGCGUAAAUAGAUGGAUGGCCUGGUUGUGGCAUAACCAUCUCAGGAAUCCGUGGUUGGUCUUGGCAGUUGUAGCAGCAGCUCUUGUUCUUCUCUGCACGGUUAUCCAAUCAUUGUUAGCCUUGCUUGCGUAUUUGGAUCAAACAACAUAUAACAGUUAGGUGCACACUGGUUUACCCAACCCAUCAGAAGACAGUCUAAUAGAAGGUUAAUUGUUUCUGUGUUUUCUGCCAGCAGGUUCCACAUUCUUUUUUGAAAAGGGGGAAUACCCCUGGCCUUUGCAUAAAAAAAAGGUUCCACAUAAUAUGAGAACAUUGGGUUGAACACCUGUGUA